CUAAUUAUAUUAAUUCAUUCAUGCUAUGCUACAUAAAAAGUAAACUAUUAAAACAAUUCAAUAAAAAACCUAAAUUAACUAACAUUUAUCUAAAAUUCUUAUAAUUCCACUUACAUGUAUGGGUCAUGCUGCAGAGGAACAAUGCCUCUUCUUGAGGGAUGAGGAUUGUUGUCACUGCUGGAAUGCUGAUAUCUGAUUAGCCUGCAUAUUUGAGCCUGAGGGUCACUGCUGCCUCUCCUCAGCUCAGACGGCCUCUCCUGAGCUCCGAGGCUGAAAGAGCACUGGGGCUUAUAUCCGCUCACCUGCGCACAGGAGAGAGGAAGAAGAGGAGGAGGAGGAGGAGAGGGGGGAGAGAGAAAGAAGCAGGACGUGCAGUCCAGGGCAGAGCAAGAGUUUACAAAACAGAAGAAGUCGUCAGAAGGAGGACAGGGAGGGUGAGGCUGCACUGCUUGCUGUGGAGCUUUGUUCUGCUCGGGAAUACUAAGUCAGCCAGAGAAACUGUGAUUUUAAGGCAGAUCGCAGGAUAGAGGCACUGUUUAGUGAGGAGGAGGACGGAGGAAGAUGCCCGAGAACAAGCAGGCGGUCCAGCGGACAGGAAGCUACCUCUCACAGUCCGCUUACAGGAAAAUCAAAAGGGUGCUGAGCUUCAAGAGGCGUGUGUUUGGGCAGCGGCUGGAGGAGACCGUGCUGUACGAGCGGCGCUAUGGCAAUCAUAUGGCUCCUCUGGUGGUGGAGCAGUGUGUGGACUUUAUCAGGGAGCGCGGGCUGCUGGAGGUGGGGCUCUUCAGACAGCCUGGCCAGGCCACACUGGUCAAAGAGCUGCAGGAGGCCUUUGAUGCUGGCGAAAAACCCUCCUUCGACAGCACAGAUGUCCACACAGUGGCAUCUCUGCUAAAGCUAUACCUCAGGGAGUUGCCUGAACCACUCGUGCCAUUCUGUCGCUACCAAGAGUUUCUUAUGUGUGGCAAGAAAAUCCCCUCAGACAGGGAGCAGGGUCUGCUGGAGCUGAGAAAUCUUCUUCAUGAGCUUCCCGUAGCCAACUUUAACCUUCUGAAAUACAUCUGCCAGUUCUUAAAUGAGGUCCAGUCCUAUUCUAGCACCAACAAGAUGAGUAUCCAGAACCUGGCGACUGUUUUUGGGCCAAACAUUCUACGGCCCAAAGCUGAGGACCCUGAGAGUAUUAUUGGAGGGGCAGCAGUAGUUCAGCAUCUGAUGUCCGAGCUAAUCAGAGAGCACUGUACGCUCUUCUCGAAAGAAAACCACAGCUCUCCAGGAACCUCUAUACCUACUUUCUCUCCCAUACACAGACAGUGCAGUAAGGUGGAGUGGGUGCACGCUGAGUCCUCUGGGCAUCCAAGUGAGCCUCAGGUGGGACUGAGUGGCGAGCGACUGCCCCAGUCAACUCAGACCUCUAUGCAAUGCUCACGGAAGCUCUCUCUGCCACUUAUGACAGAAAGGAGAUCAUCCUACCAAAGUAUGCGCACCCACCGUCUUCUAUCAGAGACGCAGCAGUGGCAGCCUGAGGCUUCUCCUCAGUCCAGCUCGGCUCUGAUUUAUGAGAACCACAACCCAUCCCUUUCUGCACAGGAGUCGCCCAGCAAAGGACCUAUCCUUUGUCCGACCACACCACCUUCUGCUUCCUCCUCUAUGACAGCAGUGGCAGAAGGUGGAGAUGACUUUGUACAGCCUUGUAGUUGGCCUGGUCUGGGACAAUCUGGCUGGGAGACUGAGAGAGUCUUAGGGGACAGUGGUGGAAGCAGCGAAGCCCAGGAUAGCACCUUAUCUGUAUAUGACAACAUGGGCACCGAGGAACAAGCAAAUGAACUUGUGGAAGAUCAGGAGGUGGUCAUUGGAAUGAAGGAGCUGGAAGCAUCCCCUAGCGUUGCUGACAGCAGCAGCUCCUGGUCCUCCUGUGAAAUCUUGCCCAUUGACGAAGCAAAUGCGGGAAGCAGGAGCGAUGGACCUGCUAGUCCUUGCCACAGCUCUGUACACUUCCCUUCUUUUAGGACAGAGCCUGGGGAAGGAGAUCCACAUCCCAACUCCCCUGCUUCCUCUUCUGCCCCCACAGAUGCCCCUCUGAGUACUGGCAGCAGUGAGGUCUUUCUUCCGAAUGGCGACCCACAAAGCCCUGCUGCCUCCCAAGUGAUGCAGUGCCUCCUGGCCGGGCUCCGAAACCAAAUGGCCAGGCAGAAAGCAGAGUAUGAAGCCAAGAUCAACAGGUUGGAGCGUCGGAACGAGGCCCUCCAGGGGCAGAUGGUGGAACUGCGUGCUUCUCUGGAGCAGCAGCGGCGCUGGGUCAGUGCAGCAGAGAUAAAGAUGAGGAACGUCGAGCGAGCCAGAGUGGAUGCAGACCAGCGCAACGCCGCACUGCAGAGAGAAAUGGAGCAGUUCUUCCACACAUUUGGAGAGCUCAAUUCAGAGGCCCGCAAAACAGAGCGCAUCAUUCAGAGCUUCUGAGGCUCCCAGACACUGCCACCAAUCUGUGUUGCCAUAACGAUACCAGUUGAACAUUUGAACACAACCUGCUCUCUUCUUUACGGUCAUAUUUUACACAUUUUAGAAUAACAGUGAAGAAAAAAAACAUAAAAAAAUGGUAUUACUAUAGUCAGAAAUACUGACCUUUUAUCAGGGCUAUUCUGACCCAUGCCAUGCUACCUCAUAAACACAACUAAUUUAUUUAAAUGCAUUAAGAAGGACAGACGUUUGAUAAAUGAACCUAAAGUUCUGUAUAAAAACACUUGUUAGGGGGCACAGAAAAUAUACUGUACACCGUCAGGAAAAAAAGCUAUUGUAUAGACCUUUUGUUCAUCAGGGUACAAACAAUGUGAAUGUACCCUCAAAGGUGCAACAACAGUCUUAAGGCCAACCUGUGGACUUCAAAUGAGUUUUAAAGCUACACUGCAUUCACUUUUGUCGAGGAAAGGGGCGUAUUUGUACAUUUUAAACAUUUUAACAUUGGAGUCAAAACAGAGUAAAUACAAUUUAUAAUAAAUAAAUAAACAAACAAACAAACAAAAAGUAUACAAUGGAAUAUUUUACAUCUAUGUCCCCGUGAGGGUACCACCCCAGUGUCAUGAAAGACAGUUUGGCACCUUUUUUUUUCCUGAGGGUGUAUACACAUAUUUUAAUGAACAACUUCUGUGUUUUGGUAAUAAAUUCAUGCAGGCAUCAAACACCACUAUUAUUUGCCUUAGAAGCAAAUUUCAAUAAUUAUGCCUAAACCAUGGUUAUGAAGAACACAUUCAAUCAGGUGUGUGCAAAUUUUUGACUGGUACUGUUAACACCCUCUAAAACCGUCUCAGGCUUUCACUGAUGAUAAAAGCCUACUGCAACCCUAAAGGGGAAAAAGUGCUUCAAAUACAAGCAGCGCAGGUGCUAAGAGCCAGGAGCAACCAGGAGGACCAGGGUGUUCUUUAAGAGAUGACUGUCUGAAAGAUGGCUUUUGCUAUGCAGGUACUCAGAGACAAUGGAACGACCCAAACGUAGGGGAAGAGAUAUGUCUAGGAAGCAUGGAUAUCAUAAAAUACAUGAGACAGGAUGAGUUAGGUCUUAUGAAGUAUUGAGAAUCUAUUUAGAUUUUGAUGUAUGAUUUCAUGUACUGACACUGUAUCUAAAAGUUGGGUGCUUUAACGGAAAUAACACUGAAAUUUACAAGCAACUAUUCAUAAAUUUUACGUAACACAAAAAAACAUUCUAAUAAUGUGUACAUACUGU